CCGGUGUGGCGACGCUCGUGAUGGUCGUGUAUCAGCUCAGCCAUACAGCUAAUAUGAUUGUUCGUGGAAAGAGGCCACAAAGGAUGCCGGUGUCACUUGACCGCUGUCCAGGAAACCUCACUCUGCUUGUUGAAGACAUGAACAUGACAUCUUUGCAGGAGACUCCUUCAUCAAGCGAGACGUUCUUCAUCUUUCGCCUUUCGUACCUGUGGAGUAGCGCUUUUGCAAUUGUGGCAACAAUAUUUCUUGGGGUGCUCGUCAGCACCUUAACAGGUGAAAUAAAGAAUAAAGAAGAGCAACCACAGCUCUGGAGUGAUGCUCUCGUACGUAUAUGGAGAAAAAGGAGAGCACUGCGAAUAACGAAGGAGCUGGAGAUGGAAGAUUCAAGACAGCUUAAGAACCGCAAGCAAUAUAGAGAAGCCGAAAGCGAAAAUCUGUUUGCACAGGUCGCAGCUACUGAUGUUUAAGAAGUGCCUUAUUCCACAGAGCCUGGAAAUUUACAGUGAAGCUCAGUACUUGUUGGACUUUAUAAACCAGGGAAGCUAUAUAAACAACGUACUGUGAUCAUUCGUGG